GUUACGCCAUCUACAGGCGCUUUUACAAAACGUAUAUAGUACUACCACUAUUUAUCUCCGCAUGCUUGAUGUACCGGAUGCUAGAAAGCACGUGUGGCAAGAAACAAAACGCUGAUGAGAAAAUAGUACUUUACAGUAAUCUGCACGAUCCUACUUCACGGAAAAUAAUGCAAGUCUACGGUAAUCGCACAGAAAAAUUGAUGGAAAUAGUCGAAGAUUAUAGAGAUAUUCAACAAAGAAGGAAUCAAAUACUUGAAUUCUUAAGAAAAGCUAUACCUAGUAACGAACAGACACAUUUAACGGAGACCGGAAUAAAUCAUGUGCAAAGUCCUUUAAAUGAUAAAGCUUCUAACAGCCCAAGUGAAACAAAUGUUGUAUUAAAACAUUCAGAUAUGGCUAAUUACGUUAAGAGUCCAAGAUAUCUGAUAAAUUGUUCUAAUAUUCAUGAAGUGCAAUUGCUAUCGAAGAUUGGGCAUGGCGUCUCAAAACAAACAUUCAAAGCAGACUUUAGAGGAAUGCUGGUUGCAGUUAAAAUGAUAACACGGCACCAAAGUGAAGUUAAAUCAUGUAUUGAUAAAAUCAAUGAAGGUCAUGAGAGAAAAGGCGAAUUAAGAUCAAGAUGUUUCGUGUUUCCGACAAUGAAACUAAUGAAAGAGAUAUUACUAUUAGAACAAAUGUCUCAUCCAGGAUUUGCUCAGUUGCUAGGAUACUGUGUAAGGAACGAAGAGAGUGAAACUGCAGAUCUAACAGAACGAGGAAUAGUCAGCGUCUUUGAACUCGGUGAACGUGUGAAGAUUUACAAUUUACAGACAUUGACAUGGCAACAAAGGUUAAAGUUAGCUACAGAACUUGCUGAUUUUUUGAACUAUCUUGAAUAUUCUCCCCUUGGUUCGCUCAGAAUCAGGGAUUUUAAAGAAGAACAUUUUCUUAUGAUAGGUAAUAGCUUAAAAAUGAUUGAUUUGGACGAUGUGGAUAAUCUUGAACCGACAUGUCAUGUUUAUGUUAGUGCCGAUGCUCAAGCUGAAUUAGCAAAAAGUGGUAAAUCAAACGGCUGUGAGUUUAAUCUAACAUGUCAAAGGGGCCUAUGCGCUGGAUUCAAUGCAAAACAAAACAUAAAGUUUAUGAACAAAUUAUUUUUCAAGAAAUUGUUAUAUCCUACCAUAUUUCCAAAAGCAAUUUCUCAAGAAAUUGGUAGUUUGUUGGAGGAUAUUGAUAGUCAUAAGCUAUCUGGGGCGACAGUUUUACACAGACUCUUUCAGUUACAGGAUAUCAUACAAUAAAUCUACCACGUACUGCUGUGAGGUUAUUUUGUCGACACAGAUCUUUCGUACGAAUUGAUAAGGAUUCAAGUUAAAGCUUCAACGAACUUACACAUAUUGGAACAAACUGGUUUAGUCACAACUUAGGUCAUAUUGUGACUUUGCAAUCGAUUGUCAAUAGAAUGAAGAUAAGUGGAAACGAUUUUGUAUGAAAACAAUUCAAAAUUGGAUUUAUAUUAUGUCUUCGGGAUAUGAUCUACGACACAUGCGGCAACGAAGAAAAAUAAGAUUUUUUAAUCGUUUAUCAUGAAACAUUUUCAUGUUUCAAUUAUUAAU